AUGGAGAAAGUGAUGAGGUUGGCCACAGAAAAAGGUGUGGUGAUUUUCACAAAGAGCUCUUGUUGUCUAUGCUAUGCAGUGAACAUUCUGUUUCGAGAAGUUGGAGUGUAUCCUGUGAUUCAUGAAAUUGACAAAGACCCUGAAGGGAAAGAAAUGGAGAAAGCUAUAACAAAGUUGGGUUGUAAUGCACCUGUUCCUGCAGUUUUCAUUGGAGGAAGGCUUGUGGGUUCCACCAAUGAAGUAAUGUCCCUCCACCUUAGUGGUUCACUCGUUCCAUUGCUCAGGCCAUACCAAAUUUAA